UUUUCAUUUUUUUGAAAAAAACAAAACAAAAAAGAGAGAGAUAGAGAGAUUAUGGGGAAGCAAGGACCUUGCUACCACUGUGGAGUUACAAACACACCUUUGUGGCGAAAUGGACCACCAGAGAAGCCUGUAUUGUGCAAUGCGUGUGGUUCGCGUUGGAGAACAAAGGGAACACUUGUGAACUAUACACCGCUUCAUGCUCGUGCUGAUGGUGAUGAGAAUGAUGAUCAGCACAGGUUUCAAAGAAUGAAGAGCAUUUCUGUAAGCUAUAAGAACAAAGAGACAAAGAUGCUCAAGAGGAAAGCAAUUCAAGAAAACAUCAUCAUUAAAAGACCGGUCUUGGAAUUCAGUUAUGGUUUGAAGAAGGCUGUGAUAGAGGAGGAUGCUAGUAAUAGAUCAAGUUCUGGUUCGGCUGUAUCAAACUCUGAGAGCUGUGCACAGUUUAGUAGUGCAGAUGGGAGUGAGUUAUCAGGUCCAUCUCAAUCUAAUGCGUGGGACACAACUGUUCCUUGCAAGAGGAGGACGUGUGUGGGCCGUCCGAAGUCCUCUUCUGUUGAAAAGCUCACAAAAGACCUUUACAAUAUUUUACAAGAGCAGCAAUCUUCGUGUCUCUCAGUUUCAUCAGAGGAAGAUCUUCUUUUUGAGAAUGAAAUGUCAAUGGUCUCUGUUGAGAUUGGACAUGGGAGUGUUCUGAUGAAGAAUCCCCACUCGUUUUCUCGGGAAGAGGAGUCUGAAGCCAGCUCGCUCUCUUCGAUUGAGAACAAGUCUUCCAUCAGUGAGGCAUACUCACAUUCUGUGAAGCGUGUUGAGAUUGGAGCAGAGAGACGUUCAUACUAUGGUGGGCAAGAAAUAAAGCAAGAACUAUUCAAGAGAGCCAAGUCUCAUACUGAAAGAGUGCAUGUCCUGGGGAGCCAUGGUUCACCACUCUGUAGCAUAGAUUUGAAGGAUGUUUUCAACUUUGAUGAGUUCAUAGAACAAUUCACAGAGGAAGAACAAAAGAAACUGAUGAGAUUGCUUCCACAGAUUGACUCUGAUAACCUCCCUGAUAGCCUCAGAAUGAUGUUCGAAAGUGCUCAGUUCAAGGACAACUUCUCUUUGUUUCAGCAGCUCAUUGCUGAUGGUGUCUUUGAUGUGUCUUCUUCCUCUGGGGCAAAACUCGAAGACAUCAGAACUUUUAAGAAGCUUGCUUUGACAGAUUUCAACAAAUCUCGUUUGGUGGAAAGCUAUAACCUCCUCAAGGAACGAGAAAAAGGGACCGGAGAUUCUGUUACUACAACUUCAAAAAGCUCAAUCCCAAAUGUACCUAAAAAUAUUGUAACCAUUAAGAGGCGCUGUGAAGACCAAAACCAAUUAAAGUCAGAGUCAAGGGGGCUAAUGAGGAGCCCCAAAAGGGUGAUGAAGAUGAAAGCAAGCCAUGAAAGCAAAGUUAUGACAGAGAACAAUGUCUCAUGCUUCAGACCAAGAAGCUUGGCUUCUGUGUUUGCACAAGAAGGUGGCUCUGCAGUGUUUGGCUAUGAAGGUAAUUGCAGUUCUGAUCAAGAUCUCCUUCUUCUGGACUUGCCGUCAAAUGGGUCAUUUCCUCAAGCAGAGCUGCUUCACCAACUCUGAGAGGUCAAAGCUUCAGACCUCAUUGAGCUUCUCAGAGCUUAAAGGAAGGAUUUUUAAGCUCUCUAUCUUAUCUUGAUUGAUUGAGGUUGAUGAGAGCGACUCUUAGGCUUUCUGAGAAAACGACCAAAUGAGGUUUCUGCUUUAGAAAUUGGAAUUUGCAGACAUAAAAAAAAGGAAGGAUUUUUAUUUGAGUCUUGCUUGGGCUUCUCUUUGGUGGUUAAGUUUAUAAAGGUUGGUCUUAUAA